AUGGCACGUUUGGUUCGUGUAGUUUGCGGAACGACGUCGGCGGAAAAGUGCUCGCAGGAGGCUGAAAGACACGGAGGCACGUUUUGUGGGAAAACAACGCGAAUGAUGGCGGCGAAGGUAUUAUUAGAGGUUGUAGUAAACGUAGCACUUUGGCACGGUUGUGGCAUGUGGCACCUAGCAAAUAUGUUCACCUGUGAGUCGGACUAUAAAGUUACCAUCCAAGUUUUCAAAUUUGGACUACAGUUCGUAAUGGACACCUUCGACUGGAAACUGACGAUCAAACGGAACAUAAUCAUGCUAAAAAUAGCCGGCUUGUGGCCUGCAGGUGACGAAACCUACAAAUUCAACUUCUACACCCUCUACGCUAUCGUUUCCAUUUUGACCUUCGUCUACGGCCACAACUUCUUUCAAUCGUUCAACAUCAUCUACAUUCUAGACGAUCUGGAGGCACUGACGGCCACCAUAUUUGUCUCACUUACCGAAAUGCUCGCCAUUUUGAAAUCAUAUUACCUCAUUCAAAAUAUGAAAAUCCUCAAGCAACUAAUGGUGACCCUCAAUGGCGACAUGUUUCAGCCGAAGAACUUGAGACAGAAAGACAUAGUUGAACCCAGUUUGAACUCGUGGAAAAUGGUCUACACUGUGUUUAGUUCGAUGACUAUGGGUGCCAUUUUCUUCUGGGCGACGUUUCCAUUCCUCGACAAGUCGGUACAGGAGCAUCGACUGCCGUUUUUAGCUUGGUAUCCGUGGAAUUCCAAAAUUUCGCCGUUCUAUGAAAUGACUUAUGUUUAUCAAAUGGCCAGCGUGUGUUUUAUUUGUAUAGUUAAUUUGAAUAUUGAUACAUUGAUUGCUGCUUUGAAUAUGUACAUAGGGGCACAGUGCGACAUUUUGUGUGAUGAUUUGAGACACAUUCAUGAAUUUGCUGAUGUUAAUGCUAGGUUGAUAAGUUGUGUACAACAUCACAAAGCUAUCUUGAGAUUUGUUGGAAAUUCCAACCAGUUUUUCAACUGGAUAGUUCUAGUCCAAUUUUUCGUUAGUGCUAUCUCUAUUGGAAUGACGAUGUUUCAACUAACAGUGGUUGCUGCCUUCAGCAGUGAGUUUUAUUCUUGUUUAUUUUAUGGAAAUGCCGUCGUGGUUGAAAUUUUCAUGUACUGCUGGUUCGGUAAUGAAGUGGAAAUUAAGAGCAGUAACAUUCCUUAUGCUGUUUUCGAGUCAGACUGGACCGAUGCCUCUCUAGAAGUACAAAAGAAUGUGGUAUUUUUUAUUUUGAGGUGUCAAAAGCCAAUUAAAGUAUCGGCUUUGAACUUGUUUUAUCUUACGCUGGACACAUUUGUGAAGAUAAUGCGAACGUCCUGGUCGUAUUUUGCUGUUUUACAUCAAGUUAAUGAACAGUAG